AUGCUCGGGUCACACGUUGGAUCACAAGUCGCGUCGGGAUUCGGAGGUAACCAAGGCGCUACGUGGAGGUGGCUCGGAUCGGGUCAAGGUGGGGGCUAUGGUUCGUGGUCCGGAUAUGGUGGGGGAUUAGGAAGAGGAGGAGGCUCAAGGCAAGGUGAAGGAUAUAGUGAAGGUUAUGGUCAUGGGGUGAUGGCAAGGAGAAGAGAAGAGAUGGAAGGCAAAUGGUUAGCACUUAUAUUUCUCUUCACAGUGCUCCAUCAUAUUCCAAAUGCAACUGCAUUUGGAAACUAUAAUAUCUCUGAAUCUAAGUGGCAGAUUUCUGCUUGUAUGACGUCUAAACCGCGCCAGCCGGGACGAGCAAAAACAGCUUUUGGCAUUCAUGGACUCUGGCCUGUUAAAUCGAAGGGUGGGACAGUUGUUCCUGUUAUUGACUGCCAAACCACGGCAAUAUUUGACGGCAGAAAGAUUACAGGCCCCCUCCGUAAUGAUAUGUUAAGGUUAUGGCCAUCACUCUUCGAUGAUGCAUAUGUCGACUUUUGGAAAAGAGAGUGGCUGAAGCAUGGGACUUGCUUUGACGAUGUUAGAUAUCCUGAGACAGCGGUGACUAAUUAUUUUGAGCAAGCCGUUUCCGGGCAAAAGCUUACAAUAUCAGCUUGGAGUAUCUACCUACCGCAGGCUAUAGGAAUCAGCAUAGACUACAGACCCGUGAUUUCCCUAUAG